AAAAAGUUUUAGAUAGUGAAAAGAACUGAAGGGAGAUAAGAGUUGUCGGAGAGUGAGCGAGGUGUGGUCGGCGAGGCACGAACAAGCAAAUGGCCACCGCAAAAGCAAUAUCAAUAGCAAUAGCAGCGAGGCACCUCCGCGCAAAACCCUACGCAGCAACAGCACUUGCUUUUCUCUCUCUCCACAAACCUCUCUCUCUGCGCCCUCCUCCCUCCCCCUCGCGCCGCUCCUUCUGCGCCGCCACUCUCCGCACCUCCCACAACACAGUCCAACACUUCCGCAAGAAGCUUAGGGUUUCCCAAAUCAAAGAAGGCGGUGGCGCCGACAUGCUCGGCCGCGACCUCGUCGUGCAGGGCUGGGUUCGCACGCUUCGCCUUCAGAGCAGCGUCACCUUCAUCGAGAUUAACGACGGUUCUUGCCUUUCCAACAUGCAAUGCGUGUUGAACUCCGAGGCUGAAGGUUACGACCAGGUAGAAUCUGGAUUGGUUACCACUGGUGCCUCCGUGUGGGUGCAAGGAGUUGUGGUGAAGAGUCAAGGAUCCAAGCAGAAAGUGGAAUUGAAGGUCAACAAAAUUGUACUGAUUGGAAAGAGUGAUCCUUCCUUUCCCAUCCAAAAGAAAAGAGUCAGCAGAGAAUUUCUAAGAACAAAAGCACAUCUUCGUGCAAGGACAAAUACUUUUGGUGCAGUUGCAAGGGUUAGGAAUGCAUUGGCCUAUGCUACACAUAAGUUCUUCCAAGAAAAUGGGUUUGUAUGGGUCUCAAGUCCUAUCAUCACAGCUUCAGACUGUGAGGGAGCGGGAGAACAGUUCUGUGUUACUACCUUGAUACCAAGUUCUCACGAUACUACUGAUUCUCCUAUUGAUGCUAUUCCAAAAAUGAAUGACAGAUUAAUUGAUUGGUCACAAGAUUUCUUUGGAAAACCAGCAUUCUUGACUGUUUCAGGUCAACUCAAUGCUGAAACUUAUGCUACUGCUCUGUCUGAUGUGUAUACAUUUGGUCCCACAUUUCGGGCAGAAAAUUCUAACACGUCCAGGCACUUGGCUGAAUUUUGGAUGAUUGAACCAGAGCUUGCAUUUGCUGAUCUGAAUGAUGACAUGGCUUGUGCAACUGCUUAUCUCCAGUUUGUAAUAAGAUAUGUUCUCGAUAACUGCAAGGAAGACAUGGAGUUUUUCAAUACAUGGAUUAAUAAAGGAAUCAUUGAUCGCUUGAGUGAUGUAGCAGAUAAAGAUGUUGUGCAAAUAACCUACACUGAAGCGAUAGAUCUGCUGUCAGGAGCAAAUAAGAAAUUUGAAUUCCCGGUGAAAUGGGGUUGUGAUCUGCAGAGUGAACAUGAGCGUUAUAUAACUGAAGAGGCAUUUAGUGGAAGCCCUGUGAUAAUUAGAGAUUAUCCAAAGGAUAUUAAAGCAUUCUAUAUGCGACAAAAUGAUGAUGGAAGGACAGUUGCAGCCAUGGAUAUGUUGGUUCCAGGGAUCGGUGAACUUAUUGGUGGAAGCCAAAGAGAAGAAAGGCUCGAGUAUCUAGAAGCUCGUUUAGAUGAUUUAAAGCUAAAUAAGGAUGCAUAUUGGUGGUAUCUUGAUUUGCGUCGAUAUGGUUCAGUACCUCAUGCAGGCUUUGGUUUGGGCUUUGAAAGACUUGUCCAAUUUGCAACAGGAAUGGACAAUAUAAGGGACGUGAUUCCUUUUCCUCGAACACCUGGCUCGGCUGAGUUUUAGAUCUUGCAGAUAUAAGGACCCCACAUUCAUUUGUACCAUUCAAACUCUGUAUUUUAGGAAAUAAUCUCUUGCAUAUUUUAUUUUUAUUUUAAAAAAUAAACUGCUUGCGUCUAAAUGAAGUAUUUAUACAUUCUGAACUGAGUACAACACAAUUUUGAGGCAAUGUUAAGUGUCUUCCGCAUUGAACUUAUA